CUGGCGCCACCGCACUGGAUAAGUCCAGUACCUUGUUUCAAGGCUAAAUGAGGUCCUGUUUCCCAGUUCUUCGCCUGGCUCCUUAUCGGUUGACCGUCAGCCAUGGAUGUUAACAAUGAGUUCACCCUCUCUUAAUUCGUUGUAUACCACCUACUCUUGACCGUGUUUGCCUUUCAUAGCUGUCUUCUUCAUUCCUUCUACUUGAGCUAGCAGAUCUCGCCUGGACGCCCCGCACGCUGGCUUGAGACAGCCCCAAAGCGACGAAACCACCAUGGAGGCACCCUCUAACCAUCCCAUCUUUCAUCCUACCGCCCAACUCGAUUCAGCACCGCCCGACCUCGUUCUUAUAUCCGCCAACCGAGUUGCGUUUCAUGUCCAUCGUCGCCGCCUCCUCACUGCAUCCACCAACCACUUUGCCUUCCUCCUUGAUCGCCCCGCCGUGACCAUUGUUGCGUUGCCGGAAAGCUCGCAACUAAUUAGCGUCAUGCUUCAUGCCAUCUACAAUCGACCGAUCGGUUCACCUCGACCCACUUCGGCCAUUCUCAUUGCGGCAUUCGAUACCCUCAAGAAAUACGGCAUACCCUUGAAUGAGUAUAUUCGCCUCAAUACACCACUUUUUACGGCUUUAAAGACCUUGGCUCAGUAUCAGCCAAUCGAGCUUUACACCCUCGCCGCCGAGAAUGACCUAUACGAUCUCGCUGCCGCCGCGUCUUCGUAUCUCAUAUCGUAUAAUCUGUCCUCGAUCACCGACGAAGUGGCCGUUCGUAUGGGCUCUAUAUACCUUAAGAAGCUUUUCGUACUCCAUUCUCGUCGGACGAAGGUAUUGAGAGGGCUAUUGCUUACCCCGCCUGCUACCCAUGCACCGACGCGCACAUGCGACGCAAGCAAUCAGCUUCGUCUUCUGAGGCACUGGGAUCUGGCAGUCGCUGCUCUUCAAUCCCGUGUCUCUCCUAGCAUGUCAAUUGGAAGCAUUCGGUCGAUUGUUUCUACCGUCGAGCCUCUGCUUACUUGUCGCGACUGCAAGGCUGCAUUGGAUACUCGUGUUCGGCAAAUGAUCAUGGAUUGGGAAGACACUCCGAAGACGAUUUGAGCAAUACUAAUCAUGAACACAUAUCCAGGGUUUCUUCUGCGAGAGUCGUUGAGAAGCUUUUCACAAUCUUUCAGCCUCGGUGUUCGGCAUUUCGUAAAGUUUCGUGAACGGCCCGCACUUAUCGAUAUCCACGGCAAGCUUUCAGGACUUGAAUUGACCUAAGGUAGUAAAUACUUCCUUAGAGAACGGUUACUUUAGCGGACUGUCCCGCCUCUCUUCCCAGAUCUCGACCCUAUGCGACCCUCAUGUUUUCCUGCGUACGGUAGCACUGCAGAAUGGUUCGUUUCCGUAUCGAUCAGGGAAGGAACCUCCGUUUCAAGUUCGCUAUUGCUCGGAUAUCCCUUAACCCGCCCGGCUAUCUGCGCUGCUACUUUAGGCCCUUGAAAAACUUCCCCACAACUCUACUUCAAGACAAGAGGAGCAUGACACCAGGCACAGCAAUGUAAUCAGCAGUCAGCAGGCUGGACCCAAUGCCGUUAUUCUGGUCGCUCUUAGGUUGCAAUUGGGCCCAACACUCACUCGCCACGUCCGCUUCUCUGCAUAAGUCCUUUUUCAGUGGCAUCUUUUCCCUCUGAGGCCCGGUGAAGCUUCGGUCGUUCCUUUACGACAUUGAAGAUGACCCCUUAGAUCACUCAAUUCGGAAGUAUACCUAGGAAUCCUGACGGCAACUCUGGGCUACCGCUGGCUGGUCGGCUGUGUCUUGUCAGUCUUGGGAAUGUCCUGAUUACCCCUUCAGCAUGUUUUGACUUUUUACAACCUCGAUACGAAAACCUGGCUUUGCACCACGUCAACUGGACGGCACACUUGGAUCCCUUGGAAAGGUGGCGAUACUGGAACUCCCAGCCCUAUACCGACUUUCUUGAGUUGUUUCGCGCGCUUGACCGAAUCCGGCGUUCCUUUACGUCUUCUCCAUACAUAGCGUGUUCGUACAAAGCAUAAAACACAUGUUGAUGUCGUUAUCUUAUAAUGAAUUGAAUGCCUUAUGCAGCUCGCUAUGAGUG